GAUAUUUUGGGCUCACGCAGUGGGCUCUCUGGGAUUAUUUCUAUCGGCCAAUUCUUUAAGCUACGGUGGUCGUCGUCUUCUCUCUCUCUCUCUCUCUCUCUCUCUAUUGCAAAGUUGCAGCUUGCAGCCUCGACCUUCUUUCCCACCUUGACCUUCACGGUUUCCCCCAAAACCCUGGAACUGCUUUUUCACAUCGUUGAUUGUCCAAACGCUUCGAAUAUAUCGAAGUUGAGUGCUCGCGUUACAGAUGGCGUCAAAUGUGCAGGAAAUCAUUGAGCAACAACAGACGCCGCCAAAAUUACAAAUAUAUCAUCCCAAUAGUAACGAAGUUUCCCCUUUCUGGAGAGAGAAGUACGAAAGAGAUGCAAGGAAGUACUGGGACAUCUUUUACAAGCAUCAUCAAGAUAAAUUCUUUAAAGAUCGGCACUACUUGGACAAAGAGUGGGGCUGCUACUUCUCUGGAACAGGGAAAAAAGUCAUUUUGGAGGUUGGAUGUGGAGCUGGAAACACGAUCUUUCCUUUGGUUGCCACAUAUCCAGAUAUCUUUGUUCAUGCAUGUGAUUUCUCACCUCGUGCCGUUAAUUUGGUUAAGAUACAUAAAAGCUUCAUGGAGACUCGAGUUAGAGCAUUCGUUUGUGAUCUGACAAUUGAUGACCUGAGCAAGGAUAUUUCUCCAGCUUCAGUUGACGUUGUAACAAUGAUAUUUGUGUUAUCUGCAGUGUCCCCUGAGAAGAUGCCUCUAGUUUUGCAGAACCUAAAAAAGGUUCUGAAGCCAAAUGGUUAUGUGCUGUUUCGGGAUUAUGCAACUGGAGACCUUGCUCAGGAGAGAUUCAGUUGCAAGGAUCAAAAGAUAAGCGAAAACUUCUAUGUCCGGGGUGACGGUACUCGUGCUUUUUAUUUUUCUAAUGAGUUCUUGACAAGUUUAUUCGAAGAUAAUGGAUUUGUUGCUGAAGAAAUUGGUUUAUGCUGCAAACAAGUUGAAAAUCGAUCACGAGAGUUGGUGAUGAAUCGGCGUUGGAUCCAAGCUGUAUUUCAUUUUUUAGAUGGUGCGAGGACAACUCCUAGUACAGUACUUGUGAACAAGGUAGACCACGUAGAGAAUAUUGGGCCUGAAGUUGAAGGAGACUCUUCAAAGGAGCAUGCAAGAGAUUUUGAGAUUGAUAUGUCUGAGGGUUUGGCUGUUGAAAUGUUUGGUACUCUACCUUCUAAUGAGAUAAUUGAAGUUCCACUGAGUGGUUGUAACAUGAAGAUAACAGUACUUUCCAAAGAGUACCAACACACUUGCAAAUCAACUGGGUUGAUGCUGUGGGAAUCAGCUCGCCUGAUGGCUUCCAUCCUUGCGAGAAAUCCUGCAAUUGUUGCAGGGAAAAAGGUUUUAGAGCUGGGAUCUGGCUGUGGUGGCAUUUGCUCAAUGGUUGCUGCAAGAUCUGCUACCCUUGUGGUUGCCACAGAUGGAGAUACGAAAGCACUCGACCUGUUGACAAAAAAUGUUGCUUCAAAUCUGGAACUGCCAUUCCUUUCUAAACUACUUACAAAGAGAUUACAGUGGGGAAAUACAGACCACAUAGAAGCCAUCAAGGAAUUGAGUGAUGGAGGUUUUCAAGUAAUUAUAGGCACAGAUGUGACUUACAUUCCUGAAGCCAUCUCACCUUUGUUUGCAACUGCAAAAGAGCUGGUUUCUUCCAAUGGAGGACUCAGGGAGGUGUCCAAGCCAGCCCUUAUUCUAUGCCAUGUCGUGCGCCAAGUUGAUGAACCAUCAAUGCUUUCAGCUGCGUCUCAAUAUGGUUUUAUGCUGGUUGAUCAGUGGUCAACUGGAAUGCCAACAAGUUCAUCCACAGGCAUAAUCAGCUCUUGGUUUUCUGGACAUGGUUCUGAGAUGGAUCUUCCAAACACUGCCUUGCGCAUCAUGUAUUUCCAGAUGGAGUAAAGCAUGUUCCAUUUUGGAGUGGAGGUGUAGGCUUGAAACCUUAAGAUUUGGAAGUGAAGGAGUUUGUGAUAGGAAAUGAGCUAUUAUGUUGUGUAUUCAGAGUUCAAUAGGUCUUCUAGUGAAAGAUAAAAGGAAAAAAAGAGAGUUGAAGAGGGAAUGUUUGGUUUGGAUUUAUAUUCAGUGCAUCAUUUAUUAUUCUUACACUUGUAAUAAAUAUAUUUAUUCAAGCUUGUUUUGAGUGUUAAA